AUGUCUAAUCAAACACUAGUAAAUCCAUUAGAAGCUAACUCAGGAAGCAAACGUAAAGACAGUGAAUAUUACUUCAAUACAGCUUCUGAUUACGUCGCUCAACAUCCAGUAAUAUGCACCCUUGGUGGACUGGCAUUUACGUAUGUCAUUGCAGGUAUUUUCAAGUCAAAGCAGCCCGGAGUUGGAGGCAAGAGUUUUUUCAAAGGCGGAUUCCAACGUAAAAUGGACGACAAAGAGGCUUUGAGAAUUUUGAAUCUUAGGGAGAGUACACUGACUAGACCCAAACUGAAAGAGAGUCACCGCCGUAUAAUGUUGCUAAACCAUCCAGAUAAAGGAGGCUCUCCAUUUUUAGCUACCAAGAUCAACGAAGCUAAAACUUUACUAGAUAAACGACCGAACUUGAAAAAUAAGUAA